UGUGUGCCUCAGGUGGACGCAAUCUAGCGUGCUGCCAAGAUGAAGUCUCGGGCGAAUCUUGAGACCUCUCGAUUAAUUGACAAAACCUCUCACUGCCUGCAUCGACAAUCCCCGUCGCAUCAUUCGGUUUGUGCUCAAAUGGCUCCAUAGAGCUGUCCUACCGCCCUCAUUAGAAUGCUACAACCACGGAUUCCGCUAUGGCGGUGCUUCCAGCAGUCGACAAACUCCCGUUCCUUUCUUCGAACCUACGCAACCUCCCAGAAAACCAAACCGCGGAGCUCGCAAAGCGACAUUACUAGCACAGACGAGGAUGGCUCCCCGAAGAAAAAGUAUUCUCAGCGAGUUCGGCUCAUCAGGUCAGAUGAGAAGUCAAUAUGGUUACGAGGAAUAACAAACAGUACACGAAACUACAAGAGGCAGAUUUUUACACAUCUGUGGAAAGGUGGACCAUAUAAGCCAUUGACUUACCCAAAGAAGGGUAUGGCAAAGGGAGGAAGGAAUAAUCAAGGCCGAGUUUGUGUACGGCAUCGCGGUGGGGGGCACAAGAGAAGAAUUCGGAUAUUAGACUUUCACCGCAAAGAGCCUGGUAGGCAAAUAGUCGAGCGCAUUGAAUACGACCCGAACAGGACCGCGCAUAUCGCAUUGCUAAAGAACGAGAAGACUAAGAAGCGGACCUACAUCGUCGCCGCAGAUGGCAUGAUGGCAGGGGAUACCGUUGAGAGCUUCAUGUCGGGCAUUCCAGCACGUAUAGUAGACGAAAUGGGCGGUACGAUUGAUCCUGGUAUCCUUGCGUCGAAAACAAUCUUCACCGGGAACUGUUUGCCGAUUUUUCGCAUACCGCCUGGCACUCAAGUCUACAAUGUUGGUUCUAAGAUCGGUGGCAAGGCCGUCUUCUGUCGUACAGCCGGUUCCUUUGCAACCGUGACACAGAAGAAUGUGGAGAAUGAAUCUAAACUCAAUCCUCAGUACCAGUCCUGUGAAGUCCAAUUAGCAAGCGGCGAAAUCCGAAAGGUUUCUCCUUAUGCUUGUGCUACCAUAGGACGGGUCAGCAACCACGAGCAUCAUAAGAAUACGCUGGGUAAGGCAGGCCGAAGUCGGUGGAAGAAUAUACGACCAACAGUGAGGGGUAUGGCCAUGAAUGCCGCGGAUCACCCUCACGGUGGCGGAAGAGGCAAAUCGAAGGGUAAGAGGAUUCCACAAAGUCCAUGGGGACAACAGGCCAAAAGCGGUUUCAAGACUCGCAGAAAGCGCAACAGACAUACGUUCCUGGUCAAAGACCGCGAGAGAAAUAUGGGCAAGAGAAGGGCACCCAAAGGAACACAAUCUUAGCCAUAUUAUAUUCUGGCACUACACGACUCCAGUGUAGAAUUAACCGUCAAUAGCCAACGCACCGUCCGGCUUGUAUACAGAGCAUGAAGUCUAGAGGCUGUAACAAUAACAGCGUGAGUUAAAUAAUAUAUAUCGGGGUUUGGGCUGUUUCAUGUCAAGGUUCGAGUUGUAUCGUUACUUGAACCGUCAACAUUUAGCUUGAGAGAACAAGAGACAAAUUUUAGGAUGGUUUCCCGUCCCACCCCUAUAGAUACGGGAGACUGGUGCGAUAGAAUAAAUUAGGGCUGACGAGAAUGGUUGCCUUCUGGGGCCAACAUCGUCGGCGUCCGCGAAUGAGUCGUCUACGCCAUAUCGCAAAGCAGGCAGAGCGCUGUGGUUGGCUGCUACUAAUUCCGGCUAAAUCUACCGUGGAUAGACAGAAACGUGUGCCUCAC